GCUGCGUCCUUCACCAACCUCGUCCCCAAGGUUGUCUUCUAUCAAUUUCAAUCCGACCCCCAAUUCGAUCCCACAACAGCCAUUCGCAUGACCCGCCCUCACCUUCGGCCCCCGUCCCGCGCUCGAUUACCCUUCUUCGCGUCCUUUCUCCCUCCGCCGUGCUGCUAGAAGCGCUCUGAAUCACAAUGUUCUGGCGUUUCGGAGGCUAUGCGCAGGUGUCGUCGCUUGACGCCAUCCUCGACAAGCCUGAUCUGACGGUUGAGGAAUUGCUCGAUGAGUCGGAUCUCAUCCAGGAGCUGAAGCAGCAGAAUUCGAAGCUGAUCGAGUACUUGCGCGACGAGAAUGUGCUCGAGCGCCUUCUCCGCUAUGUCAUUGCCGCCAAGCGCGUCCCCUCGCCAGACGAGGCUGCCGACGAAGGAGGGGCAAAGAUCGAGAGUAGCUCCCCCCGCGAGGGCUUCUUUGGCAAGGUCGCUGGCAAGGCACGUUCCAUGUCGAUAACCAAACCCGAGUCACCCGACUCAGAGGAAAGCAAGGAAGAGAAGCAGAGGAUGAAGUACGCCUAUGUUGCCUGCGAGAUUCUGUCCUCCGAGGUCUGGUCGAUUUCGGAAGCUGUCCUAGAAAAUCAGGAUAAUCUUCGACAAUUCUGGAAUUACCUCAAACAACCUGCCCCGCUUGAUCCAGUGCAAGCCGGGUAUUUCACAAAGGUCAAUGAAUCGCUGCUGGACCGAAAGAUGGAGGAAAUGUUGGAGUUCUUCAAAUCCGUUGAGAAUGUGGUCCCACAUAUGCUGCAGCACGUCGAUUGUCCCAUGGUCAUGGACUUGCUGUUGAAGAUCAUCAGCCUCGAGAAGAGUGAAGGGGGCCAGGGAAUUGUAGAUUGGUUGCAAUCACAAAACCUCAUCCCUCAGCUGCUGGCGUAUAUCUCGCCUGAGCAGUGCUCCUCCACCCAGACGUCCGCCGGAGACUUUCUAAAGGCCAUCAUCACAAUCUCGGCUAACGCCACAACUCAAGACCAAUCUGUCAUCGGUCCCAACGAGCUUACGAGGCAGCUGGUAUCAGAAGAAUGCAUCCGAACCCUUAUUACCGAUAUGCUCCGCGGAGGUAAUCCUCUGACCGUUGGAGUUGGCAUCGUGAUUGAAGUCAUUCGCAAGAACAAUUCGGAUUACGACCUUGAGAAUCAGAUCGGUCCGGUACCAAAGAGCUCAGACCCAAUAUACCUCGGCACUUUACUUCGACAAUUCGCGAAACACAUUCCAGAUUUCAUGGAGCUUGUUCAUAAUCCUAAUCGCACGAUUGUUAAUAGCGAUGGCACGACUACGACCCGGAGGCGGGAACUCAAGGCUGCUUUUGGCGAAAAGAUAGAGCCUCUUGGCUUCGAUCGAUUCAAGACUUGCGAGCUCAUGGCCGAGCUUCUACAUUGCAGCAACAUGACUUUGCUGAAUGAGAGAGGAAGCGAGGCAGAGGUCAAGAGAAGAGACAUCGAGAGAGAACGUCUGAAGGCCGAAGGCAAACUCACACCGAAAGAGAACAGGAAUAUGGACGACUUUGGUACCAGCGUCGACAGCCACGGUUUUCAUCAUGCACGCGCACCGUCAAGCGAGGCGCCGGAAGAGAUCAAGCGACUCGAAGUGCAGAACAACUCUGAAGAAGAUUUGGAGUUCGAGAAAGUCCCAACUUCAGAAGCAAUAAAAGAAGAGACCAAGGACGACUUCGAUGAGAAGGAAGAAAUUGGCGAGCCCCUUGAAAGAUCUCCAAAGUCUCAACCGCAAAAGCAUGAGUCUGAGAGGCCCGAGAACGCUGAUGGCGAAUUCGUCGAUGAACCAUUGUCUCCGGCUAAAGAGAGCGCAUCUUCCUCAAAGGAAGAGUCGAAGUCGACCGUCACACCAGCAGAAGCCGCCGAGUCGCCCAUCUCGGCUGGACUCAGUGCGAAAGUUGGUGGUCUUGAUCUCGACAACGAUACGGUUAUGAGGACCUCAUCGCCAACUGAAGAACAAGCCAAGGACGCGGCAUCUAAUAAGCAGCUAGGAUCGCUACUAACACAACAACUCAACAAACCAUCAGCAUCCGAUGCUUUAGAAACACCAGACACUCUGUCACCUCACGCAGACGACAAGCCAGCGCCGCUUUUCGCCAGCAGACGUGAGAAUGCGAAGCAAACAGAGCUAGCACAACUAAGCCCAGCUCACUUUACCGCAGGUGUACCAGAGAGUGAAGGCUCCGAAGUAACGCCAAUAGAUGAUGCCAGUAGCUCCCGGUCGGUUUUGUUGGGCGCAGAGGGGCAGUAUGCAGCUCACUAUGAAGUUGACAUCGACGGAUCUCCGGUCGUUGGCGAUCUGCUGAAGAUGAUGUUUGUUGAGAACAAAGUCGUACCGACGAUCUUGGACUUCUUUUUCAGGUUCCCAUGGAACAACUUCCUCCACAACGUUGUCUAUGAUGUUGUGCAACAGGUUUUUAACGGCCAAAUGGACCGUGGCUUCAAUCGCAAUCUAGCGAUCGAUCUCUUCGAGACUGGGCGCAUCACUGAGAGAAUCAUAGAAGGCCAACAAGCGAGCGACAAGGCCCAGUCCGAGACCAACAUGCGAUUGGGAUAUAUGGGUCAUCUCACCCUGAUUGCGGAAGAGGUCCUCAAAUUCACUGAGCGACACCCUGCCGAGCUGCUGUCACAGUCGGUACUAGACAAGGUCAUGAGCCAGACAUGGAUCGAAUAUGUCGAGCAGACCCUAGCAGAAACAAGAGAGCGAGACAACGCAAUUCUAGGAGGGGUCCGACCAGAUAUGAGCGUAGGGCCUCGCCAGGCUGUUCUCAACGCCGUGAAUGCUGCUUCCGGCUUUGGCGGCAACAGCUCUUCUCUAGCCAGCGCUGGACUCGCUGGUAAUGGCUCUGUCGGCCUGGAUAGCAUGGAACUCAGCAACAAUGACGGCGCUUCAGGUGGCGGCUACAACUUCGGAGGCGGAACGCUGCUGAGCGGCUUCAACAACUCCAGCGACGAAGAAGACGAGGACAUGGAGGAGGGCGAGGAUCGUGAGAGGCACACACCAGUGAGCGACUCGGAACAAGUGGGUGAACUCUCAUUUGAAGACGUCGAGAUGGAGUAUCGAUGAUCGCGAAUGCACUGUGCGUCUUUGGUGCGUUUCUCAAUGUCUCCUCAUGGUUUUCUUGGUGUGCUGGCGUUACUGCGUGUCAGUGUACGGCGACGACUUAUGUCAAGGGCAACCUCGACACCCCCUGUAAUGAGUCCUACUGCAUAUACUCCACCCAUAUUGCCCCAAUUUCCCUCAUCGGGAUUA